CAUCUUCUUUCAUCUACAUCUACAUUUACGACAUAGCGAAGCUAGCUAUGUCUUCACUCUUCUUCUUCCAACAUGUCCAAUACAGUGCCGUUCUCAGAAUCUCUAAUUGAGUAUUAUCGGACUAUUGCCCAUGCUGGGUGUGACAAUAAAGACACCAGCAAUUACCAUAAACCUAAAUCGAAUUAUAGACAAAUCAUUGGAACACAAUGUAAAAGAGUCUAAAGUUUGGCAAGAGUUCCAUUUGAAUGAUCACGGGAAAAAAAGAUCAUUUGUUUUACAGUUCCAGAAAGGACCUGAGUUUGAUGAGUUUUAUCAGAAACUUCAGAAUGUCAUCUUUACCCUGAAUUCUUGUAGAGAAGGCAAAACAACAACAAAUAAAAAAUACAUUUUAGUGGGAUUCAAACAAAAAGAACAGAAAGAGUUUAUUCAAACAGUUUACAAAGAAGAUGACUGCUUAAAAGAAAUAGGCUCAGCAGACAGUGGAAACAGUGCCUUUUCUAGUUAUUCAAGCAGUUCAAAAAAUUCACCAUUAAACUUAUACACGUCCCCUCCUUUUUUGCCAAAACCAUACACUCCUAAUUCACAAUUUACAAGAGUAACUGGGUUAGAAGAAGUACUGGAAAGGAACAAGAUCACAUGUUCUGCAUCAUUUGAUGAAAAGAUCCCUGAGAAAAAAUACUACAAAGAAAUAUAUGGUUCAUUAUCUGAACCUCCAUCUGGUCAGUCUCUUCUAAAAUCAAUUGAUGAUCAAUCUUGGACAGUAGUUACUGCAUCAGAUAUUGGUGGUAGGGAAACAAUUAAAGGCCAUCAGCCAACUAGCAAACAUCUGUCUGACCAGGAGGAAAAUUUGGGAUUCUUACAAAGUUUAAGAAUUACAGAAAUAGACAUAAAUACUGAAAAUAGUAAAAAUAUUGACAAGGAUAACAGUUCAAGAAAUCUUGACUUUUGUGAGGGUUUCAACUUUACAGAUAUUGAUUUUGAAUGCACUGCUGAAACAAAGUCAAACCUUUUAGAGGAAAACAAUCUUUUAUGUGUAUGUGCUGAAAACCUUAGAAUGAAAGCAAGACAAGAGCAAAAUCAAUUGAAGCAGUAUACACAACUGUUGCAAGCAGCUAUUAAUAAUGGGGACCAGGAAAAUGCUCGUCAGUAUGCAGAAUUUUUGGCAGCCAGUCAUAUUAAAGUGUCAGUGUUAUUAGAUGAAAGCAGUGUGAAUGAAGAAACAAAUGAUCAGGAAAUCAGGCUAAAAGUUUUUGUUGAAGAUAAAGAUUGCUCUGGAGGAAGUUUGCUGCUCACUGUAAAACAUACUGAUACAAUAGGAGAUCUUAAAGCUAAGAUGCUUUUUAAGCAUAAAUUUCCAGUAGAGGUACAGAAAUGGAUAGUUGGUAAAAGAAUACCAAAGGAUGAAGAGACAUUACAAAAACUUAGAGUAACAAAUGGUCAGACAGUUUUUCUAUAUCUUGUGUCUGCGAAAUCAGUAGGCCUUGAUAAAAAGCAUCGUAUGACAGUUUCAGGUUAUGUUGACACUGUGAUGACUGAACCAGGUUUAUCUCAGAAUCAAAUGAAGGAGUUGCCAUGUUCUAAUGCAGAAAUGAUUGGAAAACCUUCUACAUCUCCAACACCAAGAGAAUUUGGUAAAGCACCAGCCAAGAAACCACAACCAGCAAGAGAAGAAGCAAUUGCUAGUGCAUUAGAUAAAUCAGUUGGUUGGCAUUGUCAAGCAUGUACAUUUUUAAAUCUUCCAACUCGUCCUGGGUGUGAAAUGUGCUCUCAACCAAGACCACGAGAUUAUAAGAUACCAGAUAAUUAUAUCAUGUCCAAAGAAGAAUUAGAGAGAUUACAAAGAGUACAAGAGGAUGAGCGGAAAGCACAACAGUUAGAACUAAAAAGAACCAGAAAAGAAGAAGAAGAAAGUCAACAUAAUUUCCAGCAGCUUUUGAGAACUGACCAUCAAAAUUUGGUUGCCAAUACUGACAGUUUUGAAUGUCCAAUAUGCUUUGACAGAAUUACAUCGGGAGGUGGUGUUAUCCUUAGAGAAUGUUUGCAUAGUUUCUGUAGGGAAUGCCUGAAAGGAGCUAUUAUACACAAUGAAGAGGCAUAUCUUAAAUGUCCUUAUCAUGACGACAGUUAUUCGUGUAAUGCAUCACUUCAAGACAGGGAGAUAAAAGCUUUAGUUCCUGUCGAUGUAUAUGAAAGAUAUUUGCAAAAGAGUUUAUCAACAGCAGAGAGCCAGGAGAUAAAUAGCUUCCAUUGUAAAACUCCUGACUGUCGAGGAUGGUGUAUUUAUGAAGAUCAUGUUAACUUCUUUAACUGUCCUAUAUGCAAGAAAGAGAACUGUUUGACAUGUAAAGCCAUACACGAAGGAGUGAAUUGUAAAAUGUAUCAAGAUGAUUUACAGUCACCUGCAAAUAACAAUGCAGCUGCUAAAAGAACUAAAGAGAUGUUAUACGACAUGGUUAAUAAAGGGGAUGCAAUGCAUUGCCCUCAGUGCAAAGUUAUAUUACAGAAAAAAGAUGGGUGUGAUUGGAUAAAAUGUUCAAUAUGCAAAACCGAAAUAUGUUGGGUGACGAAAGGACCAAGAUGGGGACCCGAUGUAAGUUUAUAUUUGACAAGUUAAGGUCCAGGUGACAUUUCUGGUGGAUGUCGCUGUAGAGUUAAUGCUAAACCUUGCCAUCCAGACUGUAAUAAUUGUCAUUAAGACUCCGUGCCUAGUAUCAUCUAGCAGCAGUGAUGAAUAUUUUUAUGAUUAAUGUAUAUACUAUAUAUUUCUGUUGAUUUUUAUGCUGGCGUAUUAAAAUUUUAAACUUGU